ACUUUUGAGUUAUGGAUCCUUUAUGUUAACAAAGUUGAUCUUCUUUGAAAAACAAAACACAACACUAAUAUCUAUUUAUAUAUAACACUGUAAAAAAACAUUAUUAAUUUAUUCUAUUAUUUCAUAUUGAAGAGAUUCGAUAAAGUACUUUAAAGAGGACAUGAAUAAAAGAAGCCCAUACAGAUUUUACUGUAACACAAUUUACAUUUUAGGAUUUAUAGUGAAUAAACAAAUUUUUAAAAAAAGUUGGAAUUAAUCUCUACUAUUUUGGAUAAUUUAGAUCAGUAUGUUAGUAAUAUGUGUCAGGUAAUAUUUUGUAUUUAAUUAAUUAAUAAGAAUAAAAGAGCAAUUCAUUCGAUUAAUUACUCUAUAGUAUGUUAUUCUUCAUGGUGCUGGUUCACUGUGAUAACAUCAUUAAUGAAUGACAAGAAGAAGAGAAUGAAGCACAUGAUAAACGUUUUCAUUAUCAUACUUCAUUGUUAAUAAUAUGAAUGAUAAAUCAGAAUUAAAUUUUAUAGGUUUAAGGACAAAUAAAAAGAUUUCAUUUAGAAGUUAUCGUAAUUUAAGUACUUGUUUACCGGAUAAUAACACUUCGAUAAAUAUUGUUCAAGAUGAUGAGAAAUUUCCAUUGCCAUAUGUUCAAAUGUCUAAAUCAUCUGAAUCGAUUGCUAGUAUAAAACAAGAGAACAAUUCAUGUAUCAUCUUAGAGACCGGAAAGAAAUCGGAUGAAAUUACUGCUACAACUGUUACUACUACAAGUAAUAAUAAUAGUAAUGAUAAAUCAGUUAUCGGACUUCCCAGCAUCAAACGGAAUAUAUUAAGACGACAGCAAUGCACAGUUGAACAAUUAAAAAUAUCUGAAAAUAUCACAAGUCAGUAUGCUUCAACAAACAAUUUUAAAAUGGGGAAAACAUUUCAUACGGAACAAGCAAAAGAUCAGCAAGCGUCAUCUUCUUCCCCAACACCAUUUCAACAGACUGUUAAUGAAACAGCAACUGUUACAAAUGCUGGACAAUUGAGUAGAUCAGGAUUUUUACGUCAUCCAUUACGUAAAGCUAUGAGUUAUGUGAAACCUCAAUCAGAAUCUUUUGUAUCAGUUAAAUCAGCUUCAAGAAGACUUCAUCAUACUUCAACUAUUGAGAAACCGGAUGAUCCAAAAUUCAGAUCUAGCAGCAAGAGUUCAAGUCGUAAUUCACUUUAUAACAAUAUAAAACAUUUCGAUUUGUCAACUAAGCCAACGAAUGAAUGUUUACAAAUGAAUGAUCAUUCAAAUCGAUCAACUAUACAGGAAGUUUACACUGGGGAAUCAUGCUAUUCAACAACACCUAAACAAGCCAUAAAAAGUGAUGUAGAAAGAAAAACCAAACAAAAAGAUAUCCGCCAUCUGAAUGAUUUAAUAACGAAUAUUUUACCAAGAUCAUUCUCUAAUGCAUUUAGACGACCAGUAGGUAAAUGUAAAAGCGCAUCGCCUACAACAGUAAAUGAUCAUCAUAUAGAAAAACUGAUCGAUUCUUUCAGAUUUGAUAAUUUUGAAGUAGAAAGUCAACAUUCAGAGAAAUCUCCUUCUGACUUCUUAACACCUAAUGAAGCGUCUCCAGUUCUUAAUGAACAUAAUGUGCCAACAAGAAAUCAACUACAACAAUGGGAACAAUCAUUUGACAAGCUUUUAGCUGAUACAGAUGGUUUGUCUCAAUUUCAUCACUUUUUGAGAUCAGAAUACAGUGAAGAGAAUAUUGAGUUUUGGUUAAUUUGUGAAUUGUAUAAACAUCUACCACAAGAAGAUCUUGGUGAAGAAUCACGAAGAAUCUAUCGUCUUUAUUUAGCGCCACAUUCACCACAUGAGGUUAAUUUAGAUUCGGAAACUCGGAAUCAAACAAUCGCUAGCAUAACAAAUCCAACUAAUGAAUCAUUUAUUUUAGCUCAACAAACUAUUCAAGGAUUAAUGAAUAAAGAUUCUUAUCAGCGGUUUUUACGUUCUUCGUUUUAUUUUGAAUUAAAACAAUUAGUUUGGCAUACAUAUCCAGAAAAUGAUGAACCGACAAAUUCAGAAUCUAAUAUACAUGAUACUAUCAUAUCCGAUAAUCAAACUCAAUAUUUCAUAUCCAGAGAUCCAAUCACUGACAAUACAUCCAGUCCAUGUUCUGAAGAAGAACAUGUCAAGGAGUUCCUGCGAUCUCCAUCAGUAUCAUAUUCAACCAUUAGUUCCCCUAAACAAACUGCAACGUCUCAUGAAACCAAUUUAGAAAGUCAUAUUCAGCCGUCGAAAACAAUACCUUCCCCGUUACUUGAUUGUACUGUGUCCAGUUUAUUUCACAAGCAUAUAGAUGAUGAUGAAGAAUUAUCAUUUCAUGAGAAUAUAAUUGAACAUCCUACUUCCACUCAAACGAAUGAUAAUUUAUCCGUUCAAGAAUUACCAAAUUCUGUUCAUACUGAAGCUGCGCCACAUUCUCCUAAACUUUGUUAUACUGGAUAUACAUUAUCCAAUACUGAUUGUUAUAAAUUAAAACAUAAUAUUAGAGCAGAUUUAUAAUUUUAAAGUGACUAAUUGAUAUGAUUCAUUUUUUUAUAUCACCAUCAUAGUAAAACCUUUUUUGAUAAAAAAGUACUACCAUCUGAUAAAUAUUUUCAUUCAUUAACUGUGAUAAGUUUUAUUGCAAUAACCGUCGCCUAAAAUAUAUCCAAUCUUCUU